AUGUAAAAAAAUCAAAAUAAUUAUCAAGAUGAUGAAAAUAAAGAAAAUAUAUUUCCUUCUACAAAUAAUAUUUCUGAUUAAAAAUCUUCUUAAAACCUCAUACUUCAAGAAGCUCCUCCCACUGAUUAAAUCCCUAAUGGUCACAAAAACAUGACUUCAUACACUGAAGAAGAUAAAUUAAAAUGUCCAUACUUCUAAAUGCAAUAAUAGAAUUAAGAAAAAGCUCAAGAAUCCUUAUUAGAAGAAAAAACUAAUGACGACGAACAACCUACAAGUAGUUCAAGUGAAGAUGAAGAAGGAAAUAAAAAAAAUUAAAAAGGAGGUUGCCCUUUUAUGCCUUCUGAAAGAAAAAAAAACCCAGGUUUAUUUCAUUUAGAAUACAAAUAUAAUAUCCAUUACAUUAGCAGACAUUAGUAUUUAUUAGACUCAGACCCUUUAUUAAUUUAACAAAAUAAAAAGAAAAAAAUAGAUAGAAAAAUAUUUAAUAGCUAUCCCAUUUAUUUAAAACAUACGAUUUUUCAUGAUGAUGAUUUAAUGAAAAAAAUCAGACUAAAAGAAAUUACGGAAAGAUUUUUCGCUUAUGAUAAAUUUAGAGAAAGGGGAAAUAGAUAUUUUAAUAAAUAAAAAAUUACUACUGCUUUAUAUUAUUAUGAAAGGGCUUUAAGUUGUUUUAAAUGGCUUGAGUUAAUUGAUGAAGAAGAUGAAAAAAAAAAAUUAACAACUUUUACAGACAAUAAUAUAAAACUUUUCGAUGGUGAAAAUUUAAAAGAUUGUAAUGAUAUUGAUUUGAGAUUUUCAAUGCUAGUUAAUACUUAUUUAAAUUUAGGUAUAUGUUAUAUGGUUUUAUAUAAUUUUGAUUUAGCUUUAAUUUCUUUUAAAGAUGCAUAUAAAUUGCAUUAAAAAGGAAGUAUUAUUCUAUUAAGAAUGGCUUAAAGUGUUUUAUAUAAUAAAAAUUCAUCUUUUUAAGAUUUAAAAUAAGCUUAAUAAUGGUUAGAUUUAUCUUUAGAAAUAAAAAAAAUGAAAAGAUUUUCAAUAAAAACGAGAAAGCAAUGCUUAGAGUUAUGAAUUUAUAAAAUCACAUCGAAUUUACAAAGGAUUUGUAAGAAAAUUUAUAAAAAAGAUUAUAAGAAUAAAGAAACAUCGAAAAGGAAAAAUUAAGAGAUUUAUUUGAAAGAAUAAAAGAAUUAAAUGAAAUCGAAUAAGAUAU